UCCCCGUGGAGCGGGCCGCCUAGCUGGGGCUACCCUGACGCGUGCGAUGAAGCCACGACCCGCGAGGUUCGUGGACAACAGGCUGAAGCAGCGAGUCGUGCAGGUGGAUACUGUGCGCGGCCUCUUCUCGGCGGCUUCCAGGACAGGGUGGACCGGCUGCCUGUCACGACCCGGGUCCUGGGCGUACCUCACCAGUAACAAAUGUGGCAAAUAUGUGGACAUUGGAGUCUUAGCAUCUGAUUUACAAAGAAUGUACAGUAUAGACUACGGUCGAAGAAAAAGAAAUGCUUUUAGGAUUCAGGUAGAAAAAGUAUUUAAUAUAAUUACUAGUGAGAAAGAACUUAAGGAUCUAACAGAAUUGGAAGAUGAACAUCUGGCAAAAAGAGCAAGACAAGGCGAAGACGAUAAUGAGUAUACUGAAAGCUAUUCAGAUGAUGAUUCAAAUAUGGAAGACUACCCAGAUCCACAGGCAGCAAAUCACAUGAACAGCUCCCUACUCUCCUUAUAUCGGAAAGGACAUUCUGAUUCUGUUUCAAGUACUCCCGAGAUGGAGCCCAGAGAAACCACUGGUUCGACCCCAUGGACACCUUCGGGAACAGGCUCCAUCCUGUUAAAGACCCCGGUCAGAGGUUCUGAGGGAGGGUGGUUUAUCGACAGAACUGGUGGAAAGAUGGACUUGACAGAUGAGAAGAGUAAUCACAAGAAGCCAGGAUCUGAGAUAGGGGAUUCCAAGGAUGCUUCUCUUCUGGAGAGUAGCGAAAAAAGGAAAGGUAGGCUGAAGAGCAAAGGAAGCAAAAGGAAGAAAGACCUUCAGGAAGUAGAUGGAGAAAUCGAAGCUGUCCUGAAGCGGAAAGCUAAAGCCAAGGAGCUAGAGUUACAGGUCUCCAAGGUGAAGUUUGAAGACGUUGGAGGCAAUGAUACAACAUUAAAGGAAGUCUGCAAGAUGCUCAUCCACAUGCGUCACCCUGAGGUGUACUGCCACCUGGGUGCCACCCCGCCGCGCGGAGUCCUGCUGCACGGGCCGCCAGGCUGCGGGAAGACCUUGCUGGCGCAUGCCAUUGCCGGGGAACUGGACCUCCCGAUUCUGAAGGUAGCUGCCACAGAGAUUGUGUCCGGAGUGUCUGGGGAGUCGGAGCAGAAGCUGAGGGAGCUGUUUGAGCAGGCCGUGUCAAAUGCACCUUGUGUCCUUUUUAUUGAUGAAAUUGACGCUAUUACUCCCAAGAGGGAAGUUGCUUCAAAAGACAUGGAACGAAGAAUUGUAGCCCAGCUCCUCACCUGCAUGGAUGAUCUGAACACCAUGGCCACGACGGCCCGGGUCCUUGUCAUUGGAGCCACCAACCGACCAGACGCUUUAGACCCUGCUUUGAGACGCGCAGGAAGGUUCGACCGAGAGAUAUGCCUAGGGAUCCCAGAUGAAGCCUCCAGGGAAAGAAUACUUCGAACUUUGUGCAGAAAACUCAGACUUCCAGAAAGUUUCCCUUUUUGUCACUUAGCACACCUGACACCAGGCUUCGUUGGUGCUGACCUGAUGGCGCUGUGCCGAGAGGCGGCCAUGGGGGCGGUCAGCAGGGUCCUGAUGACAUGGCAGGAACAGCAGACCAUGGAUCCCGAGACUGCAGGUUCGCCCCCUGGACGAGGCCAAGAAGACCCGAUGGGAGCCGAGCCCACUCCUGAACCACCGGUGUGUUCUGUGCAGGAUGAGUUGAAGUGGCUGCUGGAGCUGCUAAGAAGCCAAGACCCCCUGUCCGAGGAGCAGCUGCAGGGACUGUGCAUCGAGUGGGAUGAUUUCACUGCUGCCCUCUCCUCAGUCCAGCCCUCUGCCAAAAGGGAAGGCUUUGUCACCGUCCCCAAUGUGACUUGGGCAGAUAUUGGUGCCCUGGAAGAUAUCCGGGAGGAGCUCACCAUGGCAAUACUGGCACCGGUGCGCAACCCCGAUCAGUUCCGAGCUCUUGGAUUGGUGACUCCCGCUGGGGUCCUCCUGGCCGGCCCUCCCGGCUGUGGGAAAACGCUGCUGGCAAAGGCUGUUGCAAAUGAGUCCGGACUGAACUUUAUAUCGGUCAAGGGACCUGAAUUGCUCAACAUGUACGUCGGUGAGAGCGAGCGUGCCGUCCGCCAGGUGUUCCAGCGAGCCAGGAGCUCCGCUCCCUGCGUCAUCUUCUUUGAUGAAGUAGAUGCCCUCUGCCCUCGGAGGUCAGACCGGGAGACGGGAGCAAGUGUCCGGGUGGUGAAUCAGCUACUUACCGAGAUGGAUGGUCUGGAAGCUCGGCAGCAGGUUUUCAUCCUGGCGGCCACCAACCGGCCAGAUAUCAUUGACCCUGCGAUCCUGCGCCCUGGACGCCUGGACAAAACACUGUUUGUGGGUUUGCCACCUCCCGCAGACCGUUUGGCCAUCCUAAAAACCAUUACAAAAAAUGGCACCAGACCACCCCUGGGUGCAGACGUGAGUUUGGAAGCCCUCGCUGCUGACCUGCGCUGUGAUUGCUACUCCUUCCCUGACUGCUGUGGCUGCCUUCACCAGUUGUCCGUCCCUUCUUCCAGAAGACCUGAGCAGACAUUUCAGUGUUCCUGCUUCAGCCCUGAAGAGGGUCAUCUAGGUGCAGAUCUCUCUGCUUUGGUUCGGGAAGCGUCCGUCUGCGCCCUGAGACAGGAAAUGACAAGACCGAAGGGUGGAGGUGAGGCAGGUGAACUGAAGGUCAGUCAGAAGCACUUUGAAGAAGCUUUCAAGAAAGUGAAAUCUUCUAUAUCAAAAAAGGACCAGGUGAUGUAUGAAGCUCUGCAGCGGUCCCUCAGCCGGUGACCCUGGCAGCAGUGGGCCCCGGAGCAGGUCAGUGCGUCCAGCCGGCAGAGCCGUCCGCUUGCCACCUGACGCAGAGGGCGUCCCUUGUGAGCGUGUUACUCCCGGAGUGAUGUGGCCUGUUGGAUCCGAAGACUUUCCGUCUGGCUAGCUGGGCGCGGGAACACCCUCCCUUCUCUUUAACAACAAGAAAGAUGUUUAACUGUUGAACUAAAAUAACUGAUGACUUUUUUUAAAUAAAAUUUUAAAAACAG